UUUAACUUUAUUUUUACGUCGAAAUUCGGAAUUGUCCAAAUCUGGUGCGCAUUCUACCAUAUGGAAAUGAACUACUAAUCAUAUUUGAUUGUUUUUCAUUUAUAUCUAGAGUGCGAGUGAGAUACUAAAUUAAGUCCAUAUUGCAUCAAUUAAAAUUCAUUCCAAUCUGGUAUUCUUACUAGAAUAACAAUUGAAUGAGGUUAAGAGGUUUAACUUUUGCUGCACACUUUGUUGUUUCUGCAGUUUCUAUUUCCUAUGGUCAAACUAUCGAAUCAAUCUCAACAGUAACUGAAUUAACUGCUGAUAAUUUUCAAACAUUCCUUAAUGAAAAUGAUUUGGUCGUAGCUUAUUUUUUUGAUUCAAAAUCUUUCUCGCAGAAGCAUUUGCGUACAUUUUAUGAAGCUGCCGAUAUACUUCAAGGGAAGCAAGAACAAAUUCAAAUUAAAAUGGCGCAAGUUAAUUGUGAAACGGAAAAGCAGCUAUGUAUAGAUCAUAAGAUUAGCUUCUUCUAUCCACAAUUCAGAAUUAUCAGAAAUGGAGAUAUGAAUGAUUCUGAAUCUUUGAAUACAAAACUAAACAGUCUGUCCAUUGUACAGUCUAUUAUUGAACAUAAAUUGCCGUUAAUUAAGAUGUUUGCUCAAUACAAUGAAUUAAUAAAUUCAAUGAAAGAGCAAACUACACCAUUUGCUGUAUUAAUUAAUCCAGAUGAUGAUGGCAAAUUGCAUGGACAAUUUAAAGAUGCUUCAAGGAGAAGGUUUGGGCAAAAUGCAUUCUACGAAGUCAAGGAUAAAGAACAUAUCAAGAAAUUAAAUGAAAUUGUGAGUGCAGACUUGUCGGACAAAAAGACUAGUAUAAUGGUAAUUCACCCUAAUGAAUUUGAUGAUGCUAAGGAGGUAUUGUUAGAAACAGGUGAAUUUAUUGAACUAUUAUAUAAGAUUAGAGAGGCAACGGUUCCUCCAUUUGCUAUCGUUAAGGAAGCUAAUUUUGAUGAUGAUGCAUUUGCUAGCCUUUUCUUAGUUCCAAGUGGGAUAUAUAUUCAUAAUAAUGAACAAGAAUUAAAUUCAGUUAUGAAAGAUUUGACUCUAUUAGGGAAGCAAUACAAGGGAAAAUUUCGACUUUAUGCUAUGAAUGCUACUACCUUUAAACAGAUGGAGGGAAUUCUCUUCACAGUUUAUAAUAGACAUAUGGAUAGUCGAAUUCGUCCAGCAUUUGGGAUAUUUGAUUUGAAGGAAACACUUCAAGCGAAACAAUAUGUUGUUAAUCAAUAUGAAAAUCCUAAUGGUCCAUCAAUUGCAACUAUUGAAUCAUUUAUUAAUGAUUAUAUGGCAGGGAAUUUAUCUCCAAGUGUUUUAACGGAAGAUAUUCCAACCGAAUUAGAAAUCAGUCAAUCCGCUAUUGUUAAACUUGUAAGUCUUACUCAUGAUGCCAUUAUUCAAGAUGUUUCUAAGGAUAUUAUUGUUAUAUAUCAUGGUCUGUAUACUAAUCAGAAACUAAGGGCCGUGUGGAACCAAUUGGCAGUUUUAUUUGAAUCUAAUAGACCAGAUUCACAAGUCAUUGUGGCUCAAAUAAAUAGAUUUGAAAAUCCUAUUACAAACAUUCCAUCCAGUCUUAGAAUCAUUGGAUCCAUUGAUGAUGUGUUUCUAUAUCCUGCUAAUGGAGAAAUUGAUGAACAGACAGGAUUGAGAAAACCCGUUCCAUAUGACGGUAAGAUUAAGUUAGAUUUACUUCUUACAUUUAUUAAAGAGAAAGGAGGGUUAGGUAUUGAUGGUAAAGCAUUGCAAAGUAAUUUAGAUAAAUUAAAAUGGUUUUUAUGUUGGCAAUUUUGGUAUGGAGAUCAGGCCUCAUUAAGUUGGGGAUUUAUAAUUACAGUUAUUGCAGUAUCGUUGGGAGUUAGGUUUUGGAGUCUGAUUGUUAAGUUUUGGAGUCUUGUGGUUAGUUUAUGGAAUCUGGUAAUUAAGUUUCGUGAUUCAGAACCAAGGUACGAUACCAUCAGACUAUCUUAAUAAUAAAGAUCAUAUGUAGAGAAUAAGGGCCUAAGCAGAUAGUGUAAAAAUAUUUUUAGUUAAGCAUAUAAAAAUAUAGUUAAGCAUAUAAUGACAUAGUUAAUGACGUAAACUAAG